AUGUUGGCUCAAUCUUAUAAGUUGAGAAGCUGUUUGCAGAGGUCAUCUGCAAUUGUUCGUCAACAAGUCAGAAACUUGUCUAUCCAUGAAUACCGUUCAGCCGAAUUGUUGAGACAGUACGGUGUUGGGACGCCUAGCGGUGCAGCAGCACACACAGUGGAGGAAGCCACGAAGAUUGCCGAGCAAUUGGGUGGUAAGAACCUUGUUGUGAAGGCUCAAGCUUUGACCGGUGGUAGAGGUAAGGGUCACUUUGACAACGGUAUGCAAUCUGGUAUUCACAUGAUCGACUCUGUGCAAGAGGCAGCCGACGUGAGCAGCAAGAUGCUUGGGUACAACUUGAUCACUAAGCAGUCUGGUGCCAAGGGUAAGUUGGUUUCCGGUGUUUACAUUGUGGAGAAGGUUGAUGCCAAGCACGAGUCGUACUUGUCUAUUUUGAUGGACAGAAAGACCAAGAAGCCAUUGAUCAUCUGCUCGAGCGAGGGUGGUAUGAACAUUGAGGACGUUGCCAAGACUAACCCUGAUGCCAUCAAGAAGUUCUACGUGCAAGACUCUGUUGGAUUGACCGAGGAGACGGCAGCUGAGAUUGCUGCUUCCUUGGGAUUCUCCAAGGAGGCUGAAGCCGACGCCAAGGAUGCCGUGCUCAAGUUGUACAAGAUCUUCAAGGAGAAGGACGCAACUCAAAUCGAAAUCAACCCAUUGAGUGAGGUUGUUGGCCAAGACAAGAAGGUGAUGUGCAUGGACGCCAAGUUCGGUUUCGACGACAAUGCCUCUUUCAGACAACAAGAAGUCUACUCCUGGAGAGAUUUGACUCAAGAAGACCCAGACGAAGUGAUUGCCAAGAAGAGCGACUUGAACUUUGUCAAGUUAAAGGGUAACAUUGGUUGUUUGGUGAACGGUGCCGGUUUGGCCAUGGCCACCAUGGACGUGAUCAAGUUGUACGGUGGUGAUCCAGCCAACUUCUUGGACUGUGGUGGUGGUGCUACUCCAGAGACCAUUGAGACCGCCUUCAAGUUGAUUUUGUCCAACGAGAACGUUGAUGCCAUCUUUGUCAACAUUUUCGGUGGUAUUGUCAGAUGUGACUUUGUUGCGCAAGGUCUAGUUGCUGCUACCAAGAACUUGUCCGUGAAGGUUCCAAUUGUGGCUCGUCUCCAAGGUACCAACUUGACCGAAGGUAGAAGAAUCAUUGCUGAGUCCGGCUUGAAGAUCUACUCCUUCGACGAAUUGGACCCAGCUGCCCAAAAGGUUGUUGAGCUAACCAACGCUGCUGCUCAAUAG